UGGACGACCGUGCAGGAGAUGAUUGUGCCACCCGAGCUGGGAAGAUUGUAACACCUUAGCAACAAACAAGCCAUGCCUCUCAUCGGAGGAGGAGGAGCCAGAGCCAGCCAGCACGCUGACACGCAGGCGCAUUCUGACACACGCACACUCGCACACACGCACGCACACACACACACACACACACACACACACACACACACACACACACACACACACACACGCACACACAAAAGCUGACUGACUGGCGAAGGCAGAUAAAUGAUGUUAAUAAUAGCGCUGUGUAGAACCGCAGUUGAAGAAUCAACAUUGUGGAAUAAAAAGACUGAUUUGUAAUCUCACUAUCUUCCAUAAACAUGCUAUACCCAUCCAUCAUCUAAAAUACAUACGAUUAUCCCUGCUUGCCUUCCUAGCUUCCUUCCUUCAUUUCUGUCCUUCUCUGCCAUAGAUCUCUGCUCUACCCCUGAUCUCCUUUUCAUCUCGCCGCUCCUGCCUAUGUUUCGCUGCCUUGCAGCCAGGCUUUACCCGUCGCUUUGCUGCCUCUUCCCCCGCCUCCCCCUCCUCUCCAGCACAGAGGGAGGAAGACAGAGGGGAGGGGACAUGAGGAACGAGCCAUAAAGAGCAGGGACCUGCACACAGAGAGAGAGAGCGAGGGCGAGAGAGAGAAGAGGAGGGGAGAGACAGGCUCCUCUGGUAUUGAAUGAAUUGCCUCUUGCAACAAGGAGGGGCAUGUUGGAGAAGCAGCAUUGGAGAUUCCUGUCCGCACGUUAAUUGCAUGUGCACGAGACGAGAGAGCACGGAGGAAGCUGGACCAGGAGUGUGCAUGCGUGUGAGCGUGUGGGACUGAUUGAUGUCUGCCUGUGUCUGUGCACUUGUGUGCAUGCCAGCGUGAUUCUCUCUGGACACAUUCAAGUGGACAGCUUCUCUCUCGUCUGUCCCUCCAGAGCCUGGUUUUUGCUUUGGACCAAAAAGGACAUUUCCGUGGCGUCUCGGUCUCUGCGACGUUGUUCUUCCCGCGGCGGCGGCGGCGGCGGCGGCGGCAGCGGCUCUCUCCCCGGCGGCGUGCAGAGGACAGCAGCGGUCAGGGGAGCCGCGCUGUGUCCCCUGAUGGCCGCAGGGCUCACACGCUCGUCCAGGCGUCUCCUCCACACACCCACAGCCUGGGAUCUGCUUUCGCCUUCCAUUGACGUCUCUCCUCCCCCCCCCGGUCCCCGGUGGCUCGUCAGCGUCCUCGCUGUCUGCCUCAGAACGACGGCCUGCCUCCGCCGGCCUCUGCGUGGAUGCUGCGUGUCAGGACUCAUGCGAGGCAUGGAAUGAGAUCCCCCAUGAUCUGAGGCGGACUGCUCACACUGUCUCUGCAGCUGCUGCCGCUUCGUCUUCUCCCUCUUAUCAUCAGAGGCAUUAAUGGUCAAAAUGAUCGGAGGAAAUAUCAAAAGGAACUGAACCUUGACAAACCUUGUUUCAACAACAGCGGGAGAUUCAUCAAGACAACGUAACAGGAAUAAGGUCAAGUAAAUAAUUAGCAGCCUGGAGGCGCUGUAAUGAGGAGGAUCUUCUCCGGUCGCAUGCAUAUGUAUUAGACGGGUUUGACUUGGGUAUGGACUAGACAUUCAUCUCGAGGACCGAGGGAACGUUACCUCUGGUGAAUUGACAGCCCAUUGACAGACGUGUGAGGCAGUGGGGACAUUUUGGCGGUUCUAUUUUUUGCGGCGAUGUGAAACACGGCGAGCCAAGCAAACCGUGACGGAAAUCGAAAUCUCAAGUGGAGGAAACAAGGGAGACGCUCUGGGGGGGGGUUGAUAGAUGGAUCCGUCGACUUCCCGGCCGUCAUAUCGUCUGAGGGAAAACCUAAUCCCCCUCCAUGUGAGCCGGGCCUUCCCGUUCUGCUGCCGCGUCGGUCCAAGGUGCCCCACCGCGGCGCGCUGCUGAGGCGUCCGCUGGUCCAUGCCGCUCUGUCGGUUCAUUCAUCUCGCGGUUUGUCCCCCUUAGUCUGAGCCCAUGAGCGGAGGAGGCGCCCUGCAGCAGCGCACCACCUACCUCAUCUCCCUCACUCUGGUCAAGGUUGAGGCGCUGGAGGAGGAUGGCCAGGACGCCAGGAAGAACGGUCAGGGGGGAGAGGGAGAGGCCGAGGCCGAGGCCAGGCCUGGGAGCGGGCCGGGGGGAGCGGGCGGCGAGGAGCCCCGGGCCGGAGGAGAGGCGGUCCCUGCACCCGGGGGGAUGCAGGGGCCGCCGUGUGGGGUUGAGGACGCCGCCACGCAGAGGGGGAGCGUACUGAGUGAGCUCAGAGAUGAGGAGGAGGAGGAGGAGGAGAGACCAACCCUCAGCCCCGCGAGAGACAAAGUACCUUCUGCUGGUGAUGCUGCCCCGGCCAAAGGAAGUGAGAAGCCACUGUGCAACCUCACGAUCCCAUUAGCCUCUGAGAGGGCUCUCCCACACACCGCUGCGGACAGAGACUCGAGGAGAGGGGAAAAGACACUCUCCGGUGAAAAGACGCCCUCCGCCUUGGAGGCAAAGAAAUGCGUUUCUCCGUCACUGCCCGGUAUGUCGCCGAUGGAGAUGUCGGAGCCCGUCCGCACCCCGACCCGCAGCAGCUUCCCCAUCCGGCCCGUGGGUCAGCGACCCGUCAGUCUGCUGAAGUCCCACAGCAGCGUCACCACUCGAGGCCGGGACUCUCGAGACGGCAGGGAGCGGAGUCCCACCUCAGCCCAAAGCUUGGACCGCAAGGACAGCCGGAUGCCUACCCGCUCCCCGGGGCCCUGCAGGGCGUCCUGGGCCGAGGCCAGCAGGACGGAGGGCUGGAGGGACCCGCGGGACGAGGCUGACGGUCGGGCUAGGGUCGGGAUGCCCUUGGAGAUCGGAGGGGGCCCGGUGAUGAGAGACAUGCCCAGGAAGGAGAGGCUGAAGACGGGGUCAGCGUCCCUGCCCGGCCCGGCCAGCCAGCCGCCCAAACCGCGCAAAGGCAAGAGCCGAACGCUGGACAACAGCGACCUCAACAUCCUCUCGGAGGACCUGGCUCUGACCAGGGAGAUCCAGCAGAUCCAGCAGAGCCAGCGCGGCUCUGCCAAGGACCGGAAGAUGUUGAAGUUCAUCAGCGGGAUCUUCACCAAAAGCAGCUCGGGGCCCGCGGCCUCGGGGCCGCCCGUCUACAUACAGAGGGACUCCAGCGAGGAGGAAGGUAAGAGCGCCGCUGGCCUGGUAGGAUCCACAGCCCUGUGUGUAUGGACAGACGCAGUACACAGGAACCUGAACUUACACUGUAGGGCUUUGAUGUACAUUUGCAGUGGAAUUUUGUAUCUUGGUUUGGCAGUACGAUGCUGUGAAAAACAGUGCAUUGUGGGAGUCUCAAUGAUCGUUGAAGCAUUUCAUCGCACCUCGUCUCCAGUAGCGAGGCGGGUGGAGGUGGGGUUCAUAGGGGGACUCUGGGGCGACAAAGGGCUCCAGCGCUGCUCGUCCUCACUCUCUACCAAGGCCCAAAGUGUCGAUGCCCUCGAAGGAGUAGCCAAUACCUUCACUGCUAAGGAGGCCAGCCAAUCGUCUCCCCUGAGUGAUAGGAAGAAGAACCGGAGGAAGAAGAGCAUGAACCAGAAGGGAGAAGCUGUGGUGGGACAGGCUGAAGCAAAACGCAAAAUGUGGAAGUUAAAGAGCUUUGGUAGCUUGAGAAACAUAAAUAAGACAGAGGAGGAGAACGCAGACUUCAUCGUGGUGUCCUUCACGGGGCAGACCUGGCACUUUGAGGCCCAGAGCCUGGAGGAGAGGGACGCCUGGGUGGCGGGCAUCGAGAGCCAGAUCCUGGCCAGCCUGCAGGCCUGCGAGAGCGGCCGCAACAAGGCCCGGAGGAGCAGUCGGAGUGAGGCCGUGGCCUUACAAGCGAUCCGUAACACCAAGGGCAACAGCCUGUGUGUGGACUGUGGAGCGCAGAACCCCACCUGGGCCAGCCUGAACCUGGGAGCCCUGAUCUGCAUCGAGUGCUCCGGGAUCCACCGCAACCUGGGCACCCACCUCUCCAGGGUGCGCUCCCUGGACCUGGACGACUGGCCCGGAGAGCUCACCCAGGUGUUGGCCGCCAUCGGCAACCACAUGGCCAACAGCAUCUGGGAGAGCUGCACCCAGGGCCGGGCCAAGCCCGCACCCCACUCCUCCCGCGAGGAGAGGGAGUCCUGGAUCCGGGCCAAGUACGAGCAGCGUCUGUUCGUGCCGCCGCUGGGCCCCGCGCCCGGGGAGGAGGCCGGCGCGGGCCGGGGCGCGGCGCUGCGGCUGCUGUCGGCCGUCACCGAGAGGGACCUGCCCGGGCUGCUGCUGCUGCUGGUCCACAGCACCAAGGAGCAGAUCAACGCCCCCCCGGCCGGACCCCCGCCGGCCCCCGCCUGCAGCGCGCUGCACGCGGCCUGCCAGCUGGGGGACGUCGUGAUGACCCAGCUGCUCAUAUGGUAUGGCAGUGAUGUUGAAGCCAGGGACACCCAGGGCCGUACAGCUCUGGUCUUCGCCAGAAAGACUGGCAGCAAGGGCUGCGUGGACAUCCUGCUCCAACACGGCUGCCCCAACGACGCCACGCCCACCACCACCCCCGUCCUCUCCCGCCGGUCCAGCACGGCCAGCCUGGGGCGGAGCAACUCCCGGCAGCGGCCCUCAUAGCCUGGACUGACCAGGACGCCGCUCCACGGGGACACUGGCUCGGCUGAGUACGAUUGGUCGAAUUUAGAAACCUAACAUCGCCCUGGAUGCUUGCCGAGUGGACUUUCCUGGAGGCCUCCAGUACACUGAGGGAGAAGUAGUAUAUAACAUGCUUAAAUAUAUAUAUAUAUACUCACACACAUAUAUAUUCAUAUAUAUAUAUAUAUGUGUGUGUGUGUAGGGAUAUUCUCAAUUGUAUGUCUGAAGACUGAGCAACAUAUCAAACAACUGAAAAGCAAUAUUCAUUCGAUUCGUUGGUGUUCCAAAUAUUGCCGGACUGUAUGUAGCCGUCGUUGGCCCGUUUCCGAUGCAUCUCAAAGUCCCUCGAAGACCAAUCAGCUCCUGUAUCACUUCCUCGUAAAAAAGUGGAUGAAAGUAUCGAUGACCAAGAAAUAUAGUCCAAGCCUAUUGACCACUGGGACCUUGUUGUCAUUGUUGUUGUUUUUCAAGGUUUUGUUGUGGCUGGACCAAAACUAGUUUUUUGUUUGUUUGGCUCAAUCAAUGACAUGGAACUAUAUGGCAUGUUGUUUGGCAUGUUUUCAUGUGUCAACCGGACGACAGAAACGUGGCAAACAACAUAAUUGACCAUGGUUCAACUGAUUAAAAUGUGUACAAUUCCACUUAGAUUAGACGGCGGAAUGGUAUGAAAGAAAUAAAAAAAAUACAUGUUGAUAUUACUCCCACAAGUUGAAAAAAUGAUGUUUUAAUAUAUUGUAAAUGUACCUACUACUUAAUGUUUACUGUGGUGACCAUACAGGCUCUGAAGAAACAAGCCCCUGUUUUGUAAAUGGUUUCUUACCAGUAGUUUUAAAUGUUUUUUUUUUUUUCAUUUUUAUUUUAUAAUUUCUUAUUUUCAAACGAAGUCACAUGCUCAUAACAUGGUAAUACAGUGCGUCUGUUGUCGACAUGCCUGUCCAGCCAGCAGACAUGCUGACUAUAUUAUUAGAAGAGCAGCAUUGAGAUGAUCAUAUUAAAAAAUGUGUAGCUCCCUGCCAUGCAUUUUUAAUUAACCAUAUUGAGGUUACAUAUCCAAGGGUUCAUAUUUUCAUUUCAGACCCUGUGUUUAUUAUGUGAAAACGAGCUAAAAUAUCUGAAUAAAACGCAUUUUUGUUAGUG